AUGGAGCAACCACCAGUCGCCUUAUUGACAUCUGUUUCGAUGGGAGACUCACCUAAAACCCAGUUGAAUCUCUUGUUUAUGAUGCUCCUAAAAACUGAAUGUGCUGCACCAGACCUCCUCGUGUUUCGGUUAGUACAGCAUUCAAAACCAAAUUGUUUUGCAGGUACCACGGGCGAGUCACCACGGGCCCUGGACAGGGAAGAGCAUCCCACUUGUACACCCCCCUAA